AUGCCAAUGAAAUUACCCAGUUAUCGGUAUCAACCGAUAACAGUUUCAUGUCAUCACACGACUGUUGCACAAAAAUCUUAUGGUAGUGAGAAAAGAUUUUUGUGUCCGCCACCGGUAGUAAUCUUUAAUAGACAACAAUCAUCAAACUAUAGCAACAAUAGUAAUAAUUUUAAUGUUAACCAAAAAAAACUUGAACUAUCGAUGGCAGUAUUAUGUGAAAGCGAUAUAAAUUCAUCAGAACAUAAAGUGUCACUUGACGACGAUAUGAAUGGUACAUUCAAAUAUUUGUACGUUAAUGGAACUGCUAAAUCUAAAACUUUUACACUUCAAUUGAAAUUAUUUGAAAAAGAAUCCUCGAUUCCACAUCUAACAAUUGAUUCAUCACCUGUUACUAUCAUAUCAAAACCAUCAAAAAAAUCAGCUAAAGCAAAAAAUAUUUCAUUAUGUAUUUUGUCUGGAUCUGAAGUUUCGCUAUUUAAUCGUAUCAAUUCACAAACUGUACGAACUAAAUAUUUGGAAAUUGAAAAUGGAAUAUUAUGCGCAACAAAUACUUCUUGUGCUUCCGGACCAUUAAAAGUUGAUGCAACACGAUCAUCCGAUGCUUGUACAAUAAGCUCAUUAUCACCUUUUCUAAGAUAUCAAUCAUCACGUAUAUUUCAAAUGCAAAAUGUAGAAUUCACAAAAGAACCAUUUAAAACAGCAUCAUCCCCAAAUAAAAAUAAUAAUGAAUCAAAUCCCAUUAUUGAAGAAAUUGAUGAUCACCUUUGUUGGACCAUUGUUGGAAUAUAUGAUAAGGUGGCCUUUAAAACGUUAAAGGAAUCUAUUGGCAGUGACGGCGAUUUUUGGCCAUUAAGCUCUAACGAUGCAAUUUCUUCUCUUGAAAGUAUUUCUACACUCGAAGAUCUCAAAAUUAAGAUUAAUAAUACAACAAUUAGUGGGAAUCAAAUUACUGUGCUGAAAACUGCUUUGAUAUAUCUUGCAUUCUUAACUGGGAAAUGGAAAUGGGAUCGAGAAGGAAGAAUUCUUGAUUUAAUUUAUCCCGCUUCUUUUGGCACUUUAUCAAGUCAACAAAAAUCCAUUGCUUUAAAAACUGUACUUUGCCAGAACCAUAAUAAUAAGGAUGAAGUCAUUCUCUAUCAGCCUAACAGUGGUUAUGUUUUUGGUGGUAAUUUUUUUGGUACGAUUUGUCGUGGCCUUGAUUGUUCAUCUUUUGUGUCUUAUUGCGUGGAUUCUUCUGCAAGAUUGGGUACAUGGCACAUGAAAUUAAUUUAUGAAAAAUUAUUAAAUGAUGAAAACAAAGAUGUCAAUGAUGCAGUUGUGAAAAAGACUUUUUCAGAAUUUGAAGCAAUUGAAAUUCGAGAAAACAUUGACAACAUUAUUCAAAAAGGAGAUAUUGUGAUUUGGAGAGGAUCAUCCGGACAUACCGCAAUCUUUAAAGAAUGGAUUUCUAAAAGAAAACUUUUGUUCUAA